AGUACGACGCGGCGUUUCAACUCCUGUCAAUAGAUAGAUAUUUUUGGCAAAGGCGAGGCUCCAACUCAUUGCCACUUAUGCGAUAAUCUUCGGAGUCGGUUACCUUCGGGAGUUCGAACUCGGCCCCAGAAUUCCUUGUCCGUGUUGUAGAUCUGCCUGGCGUCAUCGUGUCGAGGGUUCAAUGUGCCCCGAUUUCUGGGUUUUGUGCGUUUUUGAUCGAUUUUGAGUUUCGCUGGUGGACGAGGAGUAUUCUGAGGGUUGUGAUCUUAGUCUUGGUGGUAUAUAUAUUUGAUUCCGAGGGAGAAAGUUGUUUUUCCUUCAUUUUAUAUGGAUUGUAAAUUUUGAUUUGGUUCUGCGUAUCGGGUUUAGGAUUUCAAUCGGCGGGUUAGGGUUUUAGUUUCCGGUUAUUGAUUAUCUGAUUUAGGGUAGUUGAUUUGGGGUCCGGGUUACGGUUCUGCGUGGGAUUGUGAUUGUUGAGGUAUGGAUGGAUCAAGAAAUUUGAAUUCCAGGCUUUCGACUUCGCCGCCAUCGGCGGACUCAAAGCCGCCGCCUAAGCAGUGGGGAGUGGCGGAACCGUUGUCGCUGGCGGGGCCCUCCGAUGUGGAUAUUCAGAGAACUAAGGAAUUGGAGAAGGUUUUGGUGAAUGCCGGACUGUAUGAGAGUGCAGAGGAAUCUGCUAAGCGGGAAGAGGUUCUUGGAAGGCUCAAACAGAUUGUGAAAGAUUGGGUGAAAGAGCUUACAAGAUUGAGGGGAUAUACUGAUCAAAUGGUGGAAGAUGCCAAUGCUGUCAUUUUAACUUUUGGUUCUUAUAGACUUGGAGUACAUGGUCCUGGAGCAGAUAUUGAUGCAUUAUGUGUUGGGCCUUCCUAUGUUAGUCGGGAGGAGGACUUCUUUUACGUACUUCAUAAUAUCUUAGAUGCAACAGAAGAAGUUACUGAACUUCAACCGGUACCUGAUGCUCACGUCCCUGUAAUGAAAUUCAAGUUUGAUGGGAUAUCAAUUGAUCUUCUAUAUGCAAGCGUUUCUCUCUUGGUUGUACCAGAUGAUUUAGAUAUUUCAAAUACCUCUAUCUUGUACAACAUAGAUGAGCCAACUGUAAGGAGUCUUAAUGGCUGUCGAGUAGCAGAUCAAAUUCUGAAGCUUGUUCCAAAUGUUGAGAACUUUCGGAUCACACUACGUUGCAUAAAGUUCUGGGCCAAGAGACGAGGGGUUUAUUCUAAUGUCACAGGGUUUCUUGGUGGUGUGAACUGGGCACUUCUUGUUGCUCGGCUGUGCCAAUUUUAUCCUAUGGCAAAUCCCAGUAUGCUUGUUUCUCGCUUCUUCAGGGUUUAUACAGUCUGGCGUUGGCCUAAUCCGAUCAUGCUUUGUGAAAUCGAGGAUGAUGAAAUCGGGUUUUCUAUAUGGGAUCCACGAAAAAAUCCUUGGGACCGAAACCAUCUCAUGCCUAUAAUAACACCUGCAUACCCUUGCAUGAAUUCUAGUUACAAUGUUUCAGCAAGUACUCUCCGGGUUAUGAUGGAACAAUUCCAGUUUGGAAACAAAGUUUGCGAGGAUAUUGAGCUGAACAAAUCACAGUGGAGUGCUUUGUUUGAACCCUAUUUGUUCUUUGAGAACUACAAAAAUUAUCUGCAGGUCGAUAUUAUUGCUGCAGAUUCUGAUGAUUUACGUUCUUGGAAAGGUUGGGUUGAGUCCCGCCUGAGGCAGCUAACUCUGAUGAUAGAGAGAGACACCCUGGGAAAAUUGCAGUGUCAUCCUUAUCCCCAUGACUAUACAGAUUCGUCGAAGCAGUGUGCUCAUUGUGCCUUUUUCAUGGGUUUACAAAGGAAGCAAGGUGAAGUCAUUCAAGAAGGCCAGCAAUUUGAUAUCCGCAAGACCGUUGAUGAGUUUAGGCAUCAAAUAAACUCAUACUUGUACUGGAAGCCCAGGAUGGAAAUAUAUGUUUCUCAUGUUCGUAGAAAGCAAAUUCCCUCUUAUGUAUUCCCCGAGGGCUACAAAAGAAGCCGGCAUACUAGGCACAUGAGUCAGCAUGUUGACAGGACCUCCACUGAGAGCAGAGACUCUUGCAGACCAGAUUCUGCUGAAAGAAUCCCAAAACGGAAAACAGAGAUUGAUGGAUCAGAACCAAAGGAAUAUCCGCAAAAGAAGUAUUCUAUUAGUCCUCCAAGACAAGUUUCUGAUUCACCGGAUAUCGUCUGUUCAAGAGUUGGGAGUGGAGUGAUAUCUGAUAUGGCAAUAGAAAAGAGCAAUGAUAAUGGAUCUAUUAAGCAUGAAAUGACUCGGGAAGCAAUCCCUAUGGCUCCUGGAUCCGUCUCUGCUCAAUCUACUGGGAAUGACCUGCAACUUGUUGAUAGAGAUAAAGAGAUCAGUGAUCAGGGAAUGCCAUCUUCUGGACAUUCAGACACUGGUUUCAACUCAAGUUCCUGUAAUGAUGACCUUGCAAGUAACAGCGGGAUUAACAUAGAAACCAGCAAUGAAAGGCCUUCACUGGAUAGUGGAUCAUCUGAAUCUGACCGACAGAGCGAUGCUUCACGUUUUGGCGAUGGAUUACGGGAGAAGUUAGAGCCUAAUGCUGCUGCGCUUGCAAUGGUUCUCAACGAGGGGGUCGGAUCAGAACCUGUUCAGAAGAAUGUGAUGAGGCAUGUUCACAGAAAUCCGAUAACUGGAUGUGCUUUCUGAGUAUCAUUUUACAAUUUUACGUCUUUAUGCUUCCUAUUCUUGGUUCUGUUCUCCCUUUUAUGCAGCAGUAGGCCGAGUCUGACAUCAACUGCAUGAUUGAGAUGGUAGGGUUGCAUCUGUACUGAUGAAUGGCAAUAUUGCUCGACCGUGAGCCAGCAGUUGGCCGGUAAGUACCCUAAUUAUUCCGCGGCUUUCACCAUAUCACUACUACUAUUUUUCCAGGCAAAUAUAGCCACAGCUUUCAAUCUUUUAAGAGACAGAAAGAAAAACACAAGCAAGCAGUAAAUGUAGCAUCCAGAGACCCCUCAAGAAAACACUUUGCAUUCGAUGUUAAGGUGCAAUCCAAAUUGAAAAGAUUAGGAAGAAAUACAUAUAUUAUAUAUGGGUAUGGUUUAAGAGAGAGAGAGAGAAGAAAAGAAAAGAAAGAGGAAAAAGGGAUUAUGUUUGUUUGCUUUGCUUGCUUUUGAUAGAGAGAUGUGUGUUUUGUGGGUUCUAAAUUUUAAGUAGUAGUAAUUGUUACUCUUGUAUGAAUUGGAUCCAUUAACUAGGUAGGAGGAAUGGUUUGUUAGUUUGCUACUUUGAACUCAACUAAUUAAUAUAUAUAUAUAUAUAAUCUGUUUUCAUCA